CGCUUCGCUCCCUUUCCCUUCCCUCCCCCUUUCGGCGUCCCGUCCCUCGCCGCUUCCUUCCUCCUGUCUGUGCCAUGGAUGGCGUGGAUCUGAUGAGCUUCUUCCUUCUGGUAUCACUUACGGGCCUUUUACCAUGAGCAGUUCUACUCCUGCUACAGCUAACGGGAAUGAUAGCAAGAAAUUUAAAGGAGACCGAUCUCCAUGUUCCCCUUCUCGAGUCCUUCAUCUUCGUAAAAUUCCAAAUGAUGUCACUGAAGCAGAAGUCAUUUCUCUAGGUCUACCUUUUGGCAAAGUAACCAAUCUCUUGAUGUUGAAGGGAAAAAGCCAGGCUUUCCUAGAAAUGGCUUCAGAAGAAGCUGCUGUCACCAUGGUGAACUACUACACUCCUGUUACUCCUCACCUCCGCAGUCAGCCUGUUUAUAUCCAGUAUUCCAAUCACAGAGAACUUAAGACGGACAAUCUGCCCAAUCAGGCUAGAGCGCAAGCUGCAUUACAAGCAGUGAAUGCCGUGCAGUCUGGAGGUCUGGCACUAGCAGGUGUUCCAACUACUGACGGUGGACUGCCCCCUGGCCAGAGUUCCGUUCUUCGAAUUAUAGUUGAAAAUCUCUUCUACCCUGUGACUCUAGAAGUGCUAUAUCAGAUCUUCUCCAAGUUCGGGACUGUUUUGAAGAUUAUCACUUUCACAAAGAACAAUCAGUUUCAAGCCUUGCUUCAAUAUUCUGAUCCCGUGAAUGCACAGUAUGCCAAAAUGGCUCUUGAUGGUCAAAAUAUUUACAAUGCUUGCUGCACUCUUCGUAUUGACUUUUCCAAGCUCACAAGCCUUAAUGUAAAGUACAACAAUGACAAAAGCAGAGAUUUUACUCGUCUGGACCUUCCUUCAGGUGAUGGGCAGCCUUCCAUUGACCCCACUAUGGCUGCUGCUUUUGGCACUCCAGGCAUCAUCUCCUCACCGUAUGCAGGGGCUGCUGGCUUUGCUCCUGCCAUUGGCUUCCCCCAAGCUGCAGGUCUGUCGGUCCCAGCUGUUGCCAGUGCACUUGGUCCUCUUGCAAUCACCACCUCUGCCAUGACUGGUCGGAUGGCCAUCCCAGGAAUUACUGGAAUUCCUGGAAAUUCUGUCUUGCUUGUUAGCAAUCUGAAUCCUGAUGCAAUCACACCAGAUGGACUCUUUAUCUUAUUUGGUGUUUAUGGUGAUGUCCAUCGUGUGAAAAUCAUGUUUAAUAAGAAGGAAAAUGCCUUGGUUCAGAUGGCAGAUGCAACACAAUCCCAGCUCGCCAUGAAUCAUUUAAAUGGACAAAAGCUUUAUGGAAAGGUGCUCCGUGUUACACUCUCAAAGCAUCAGACAGUACAGCUCCCUCGUGAGGGACAAGAGGACCAAGGCCUGACUAAGGACUAUAGCAAUAGCCCUUUGCAUCGCUUUAAGAAACCAGGCUCAAAGAACUUCCAGAAUAUCUUCCCACCAUCUGCCACUCUGCACCUCUCCAACAUUCCACCUUCUAUAACAGUUGAGGAUCUGAAGAGUCUUUUUGGUAAUACUGGAUGUAAUGUGAAAAACUUCAAAUUCUUUCCAAAAGACCGCAAAAUGGCCCUCAUCCAGUUGGGUUCGGUGGAGGAAGCAAUCCAGGCUCUUAUUGAGCUUCAUAAUCACAAUCUUGGAGAAAACCAUCACCUCAGAGUUUCAUUCUCCAAAUCUACAAUCUGAUAUUAGUUGGACAUUUUCUUUUUAAGAACUCUACCCACAGUUAAGAGUAAAAUCUUCAGACAGAGACUGGAGUAGCCAAGACAAACGCUGCAUCCUUCAACUAUGAAACUUGUGAUAAAUUCAUGUGUAUUUCUGUACACAUUAAUUAAUCAAGGGAUGAUCUUUCCAUAUCUAUUGCUGUUCAAAAGGCUAAUGAUUCUCCAUGAUAUUUUCUUCUCUACUAUUUAAUAACAAAAUAUUUUCAGUAGAAGCCCCUUUUUCAAAUGCUUUCAGGAACAAAAUGUUUUAGUUUAUUCCAAAAUGACUGUACACAACAUUUCUGGGCUAAAUUACCCUAUCAAAAGAAUGUCUUCAAAAUAAACUUAGCAGAUAGCUUUACAAUACUAAUAAGGUGCGAUCAUUUUUACCCUUUGUGGACUUUUUUUGAUGGACUAACAUUUUAAUUAGCACCUGUUAAAAUUUGGAGGGAGAGGCAGGGCCUUCUUUCUCCUUGGAAUAAAAAAAAAUUGAAAUAAUAAGAAUAGACACCAGUAAAUUGUCUUAAUGUGCUCGCAGGGAUAUUUUUAACUAGGUGAA